AUGGCGUUGUCACAAGAUGUCAAGCAAUCUUACGUCAAGAUUAUUGACCAGAUUCUUGCCACCAGUGACAUCAAUACCGUUUCAGAGAAGAGAAUCCGAAGAGGCCUCCAAGAUGCUACCGGCCAUGAUCUUGUACCCCAUAAGGCUGAAAUUAAGCAUUUAAUUAUGGAGCGAUUUGAUGUCUUCGCCGCUGAGGCGGAUGCACACUCUGCUGUACCUCCUGGCCCCCCAACUACGAAUGGCCACACGCCAAACGGAACGGGAGCCCUUCCUUAUCAAGGCCCGUCAGCGAAUUCACCAAACAAAAGCGUGGAAGCAGAAGGUGGCCCCGAUGUCACUGAAACGCCACCUCCAGCUAAGAAACGCAAGUCUGAAUUGAUCGACGCUGAUGCAGCAUUCGCGGCUAGGUUACAAGCAGAGGAAAAUUCACGCGCAAGGCCGGUGAGGGCCGCCAGAAAAGCCGCCCCCAUCAAGAAAAAGAAGCCGGUGAAUAAAUCGAAGACUUCCAAAAGAGUCAAAGCCUCCGAUGACUCCGAAGUUGAUGUUUCGGGAACGGAAACUAAGAAAGAAGUGAAUAGAACUGGGGGGUUUCAUAAACCAAUGAACCUGUCGCCCCCUCUUUCUGCGCUCUUGGGUGAAGUGGCGCUGUCUCGGCCUCAAGCCGUGAAAAAGAUAUGGCAAUAUAUCCAUGCCCAUGAGCUUCAGGACCCGGCAGACCGCCGCCAAAUUAUGUGUGACGAUCUCAUGCGUGCGGUCUUCAAACAAGACCGCGUGCACAUGUUCACAAUGACCAAGAUUCUCAACCAAAACCUUUACAACCCCGACGAGUGA